AAAUCAUAAUUAAAUCAAUUAUAUCACACACUUUGUGAAUCUAAUAUAUUACUUCAUAGUCCUAAUAUUCUAUCAAAUGGAGGAGGAGAAACACCAUCACUUGUUCCACCACAAGGACAAGGCGGAGGAGGGCCCUGUCGAUUAUGAAAAAGAAGUGAAGCACCACAACCAUCUCGAAAAGAUCGGUGAACUUGGUGCUGUCUCUGCCGGCGCUUACGCCUUGCAUGAGAAACAUGAGGCAAAGAAAGAUCCAGAAUAUGCACACAAACACAAGAUACAGGAGGAGAUUGCAGCAGCUGCUACAGUAGGUGGAGGUGGAUUUGCAUUCCAUGAGCACCAUGACAAGAAGGAUGCCAAGAAAGAAGAAAAAAAAGCUGAUGGGGGACACCACCACCGCCUCUUCUAAACUGAUAUUUUAGUUACUUCUUUAGUAUCUGUUGAAUUUUCCUUUUUUAUAUGGAGUGUUGUCAAAUGCUCUUUAGUAAACGUGUACAACAACAAUAAGUCCAGUAUGGCAUAUAUGCAUCUUAUUUUUAUCUCUGUGUGAUGUAGAGAGGUUAUUCUCCUCGGGUAGAGGUGUGAUUUUCUAAAUAAUCAUGUGUGUUUUUGA